AUGGCGACCACCGUCAGCACGCAGCGCGGGCCGGUGUACAUCGGAGAGCUGCCCCAGGACUUCCUGCGCAUCACGCCCACACAGCAGCAGCAGCAGAUCCAGCUGGACGCACAGGCCGCGCAGCAGCUGCAGUAUGGAGGGGCACUGGGCACCGUAGGCCGCCUCAGCGUCACCGUGGUGCAGGCCAAGCUGGCGAAGAACUAUGGCAUGACCCGCAUGGACCCCUACUGCCGCCUGCGCCUGGGCUACGCCGUGUACGAGACGCCCACGGCCCAUAAUGGCGCCAAGAACCCACGCUGGAACAAGGUCAUCCAGUGCACUGUGCCCCCGGGCGUGGACUCCUUCUACCUGGAGAUCUUCGAUGAGCGAGCCUUCUCCAUGGAUGACCGCAUCGCCUGGACACACGUGACGAUCCCCGAGGCUCUGAAGCAGGGCAAGGUGGUGGACGAGUGGUACAGCCUGAGCGGGCGGCAGGGCGACGACAAGGAGGGCAUGAUCAACCUGGUGCUGUCCUACACGUCGCUGCCGGCUGCCAUGAUGGUGCCACCUCAGCCUGUGGUCCUGAUGCCCACCGUGUACCAGCAGGGCGUGGGCUACGUGCCCAUCGCAGGGAUGCCUGCCGUGUGCAGCCCCGGCGUGGUGCCUGUGGCGCUGCCCCCGGCCGUGAGCGCCCAGCCCCGCUGCAGCGAGGAGGACCUGAAGGCCAUCCAGGACAUGUUUCCCAACAUGGACCGGGAGGUGAUCCGCUCCGUGCUGGAGGCCCAGCGGGGCAGCAAGGACGCAGCCAUCAACUCCCUGCUCCAGAUGGGCGAGGAGUCGUAG